UUGACAGUUGGCAAUGCGUGCUGCAAAACGUGCAAAACAAACUUUGCUCAAAAACAAGAAUUUCGACGAUUUCAGUGAAUUAAAAGGCUUCAUUACAACAAAUAAACCGUGAAAAUGGUGCGAAAAUUGAAAUUCCACGAACAGAAACUCCUGAAGAAGGUGGACUUUAUCAAAUGGGGCGUUGAUAAUACACUUCAUGAAAACAAAAUAAUGCGAAAAUAUCAUAUUCAGAAGCGUGAAGAAUACACAAUGUACAACAAACUUUCGAGAGAAAUCAGAGAAAUUGCCAAGAAAAUCUCCACAUUAGAUGCAGCUGAUCCCUUCCGGACGGAUGCAAGUUCCAGAUUGCUGGAGAAGCUGUACAUUCUGGGAUUGAUUCCCACAAAAUGGGAUCUCGGUAAUGUUGAAAAGGUCACAGCAAGUAGCUUCUGUCGUCGACGGUUGCCGGUCAUCAUGGUUAGAAAUAAAAUGUCCGAAACCACGAAGAAUGCUACAAAACUCGUUGAACACGGUCACGUACGUGUGGGUGCUGAUGUCGUUAAAGAUCCUGCCUUCCUUGUUUCCCGAACUCUCGAAGAUUUUGUCACCUGGGUCGAUGGAUCAGCCAUUAGGCAGCAUGUCCUUGAAUAUAACGAUCUACGAGAUGAUUUUGAAAUGUAGCCCUAAGAAAGGAAAGAAAUACAAAAGGAAGAGAAGCAAAAA